UGACAUCACCAUCGCGUUAUCAGCGCAACGAACGUGGCACUUCAAGAAGCGCGCGGCAGUAGUUUACCUGUUUAUUUGCGGGUGCAGUUCAUGCACUAUCCCAUUCCCGCUGGACUAGAAACGCACUCUCUUGUUUCCGUUGGUAAAUCAGAUCAAAAGGAUUGUGACGUCAGGAUGUAUGACGCGUUGCGUUGACUUCAUGCAAAGCAGCAACACCGGGCGCUGUGGACGACGAUCGCGACGGACCUACAUUAUCUGCUCUUCUCAAACAGCAUGAGACCAGGCUGAAUGAAGGACAAACAUCUCGGCAUGGCCUCGUAUCUGGAGAUAGCUGAUGACAGCAAGGGACAUGAACUGGAUCUUUUCUGUGUCCCCAAACAUUACGAGGAGGAUUUGGACAGUGUUAUAAUACCCAAUGGCCUUAUUAAGGACAGGACUGAAAGGUUGGCUAGAGAUAUUGUUCGGGACAUGGGCGGACAUCACAUCGUGGCUCUGUGUGUUUUGAAAGGAGGGUAUAAGUUCUUUGCGGACUUGAUGGAUUACAUCAAGGCAUUAAAUCAAAACAUUGAUAAGUCUGUGCAAUUGACCGUGGAUUUCAUUAGACUUAAGAGCUACUCAAAUGAUCAGUCAACCAACUGUGUGAAAGUUAUUGGCGGAGAUGAAUUAUCAGCUCUUACUGGCAAAAAUGUGCUUAUAGUUGAGGACAUUAUAGAGACAGGGAAAACUAUGGAAACCCUGCUUAAACUAUUAACUGGAUUUCAUCCUAAAAUGGUGAAAGUUGCCAGUUUACUUGUGAAAAGGACACCCAGGAGCUCAGGAUACAGACCUGACUAUAUUGGCUUUGAAGUUCCUGAUAAGUUCCUGGUGGGAUAUGCAUUAGACUACAAUGAAUACUUCAGAGAUCUGAGUCAUAUCUGUAUAUUAAGUGACAGAGCAAAAGAGAAGUAUAAAGUAUGAUACAAGACCCAAGUGCUGGAUGCAUGAAGACAGAUCACUGUGAACCUUCUGUGUUUGCUUUUUUGGUUGUAAAUUUAAUUUAUUUUUUUACUUGUGAUCAGGAAUGAAGAGUGAACUUGUGCAACACAGAUUUUCACAGAUGCUGGGCAGAGAUUCCUUGCAUUUUCUUCAUGGUUUAAAUUAAGGCCUUUGAUUGUAUUGAUUUUAUGUUUAAUUUAAAUCCGUUUGGCAAAUCCAAAGAGUUUAGGUUUAGAGAUUAAGUUAAUUGUUAUCUGCUUAAUAUUAUGUAUUUAUUUACCCCAGUGACACAUAAAUGCAUUACAGCAUUUAAUGCAUAUGCAGUUGAUAAGGAUGGGAGGCUUCUUUCAUUAAAAUUUACAUGAACAAACAUUAUUUUGUCUUUAUGUUAUGUACAUGUUAUAAAUGUGUUAGUAAAACUCUCCUUUUAGUGUCAACUGCCACCAAAACAACAAAUAAAAUUUUUUUUGUUGA